GACUCCAGAAAUCCCUGUCCCUCCCGGAAAUUGCUCUCAGCACUUCCGAAUGGGGCAACGGCGGGAUGGUGGGAGUAACCUGCGACCCCAGUGCCACGGCGAGUGCCCAUUCUCCACCGGCCGGCGGGGCAAAGUGGAUUCCUUCUGUAGGCUUGAGUCAAGAACUGUCAUUGGUAAUACCUGGACGAAUGCUUAAAGCGGCGGGGAAAAGAACAGUAAAACUUUCAGGAAAAAGCUAUUAUCCAACAACUGAGAUAUGGCAGAAAUGAAGUCGAUGUUCCGUGAAGUUCUCCCAAAACAAGGACAGUUGUCUGCAGAAGAUAUAACCACACUGGUGUUGUGUAAACCCAAACUUUUACCCUUAAAAUCUCUGACCCUGGAAAAACUGGAGAAAAUGCAACAAGCAGCACAAGAUACAAUUCGGCAACAAGAAAUGGCAGAAAAGGCAAAGCUGAUAAUCCACUGAAUGAUAACACUUCUACAGAAUACCCUCCUUUACCUACUAUAAUAGCAAAAAAAAUAAUCUGUAUGCUGGAAGUAGUAUGUUAGGAAAGUUGAUUCACAUAUAUAAUAUAAAAAUACUCAACUAAUAGAACAUAAACUAGUAUUGAAUAUAACCAAUUUCAAAAUAUUGAACCCAAAUUUUAUGAGUUUUACCCAAGUUUUUUGAACUGCAAAUUAUUGUUCCCAAUUCUUAUCACUGUCAGUUUCUAGGUAACAUUCUCAGGCCCAAGUUACAAAUACAACUUUUAUAUUCAGAGACUCUACACAUCAAGACCAAUGAAUCGAAGGAAAUGGAAAAGUCAAUUUAUGGUGAACAGUAUAAUUGAACAUUUAGUGGUAAAUUGAAUGUCAUAUAUACACACUGACUUUUAAUGAUUAAAAUUUACAUAUUAUGACAUUAA